AUGCGUCGUGUCGCGGUCGUGUCCGGUACUCGGUCCAGUCAUGACACUGUCCCUAGUGUUGGUAACACCGGUGCGGAAGGAGAGGUCUCACUCAUUGACACUACUGAUUCUUCGCUGUCAGAUUCGGUAGCACUCCCAUCGUCUUCUUCGGAUCAUGACCUGAGCGUGGACACGCGGAUUCGAACCGGAGGCUCCCCGGCUUCACCCAGACCUACAAGGCGGUCGUUCGAUAUAAUACAUGAUGGUGCAGGUCCUAAACUUCGAACAUCGGAUCUCUCUCUUGAUUAUUCUGCUGUCUCCAUUGCUGAGUCUCAGCAUCUGGGUCCAGGCUUGUCCGUCCCAAGGCUUGAAGGUUCCUCGUCAAUAGUCCCGCCUGAUGCCGUCCCCAGGACUUGGACCUCUGUCCAGAUAUCUGAGGAACGCCUGUCUCCAAUCUUGGACGUUCAUGCGGUUACACCUCCUAGAGUGAAACACAAAUUCCAAUAUGAAGAUGAUGGUGGAGAAGAGGAAGCAGUUGCUGUUUUCCUGUCCUCUCCAGGUAAAACAGAUCAUCUGUCCACAGCACCUACAUUCAACCUGAAUUUGGCUGCUGCUGCAUCUGUUCAGAGCAUGGCUUCAGAACUAGAGCUACUAUUACAAGAGGUCCAAAGGAAUAUGAGGUUAGAUGAUCACUGGGAUUCGGAAUCAGUAAAACUUAGGGUAGAGAAUCUACAUUCUAAAACUAGAUUGCUCAAUCAGUUUGUAAAUAAUGAACUCUAUGAAGGUAAGUUUCAUGCUGGAGAUGAUAAAUAUGAUGAAGUUAAUGGUGUAGAACGUACUGUACCAGAACUGCGAGCAAUAAUGAGUUCAAUAGAGAGAGAUAAUACAGCUCUAAGUGAUGCACACUCCGUCUCGACAUCUGUAUGUGUUCAUUCUAAUUCCCAAACAGUGUGUGACCAGGUGUCUGGAACGCGGUCCUGUGUACAAGGUUCCAACUACAUUCAGGACACAGUCCGCAAGCAAGACACACCGACACAUGGAACAGUAAAGUUCAGCUUAGCCAUAGAUUCAUCAGACUGCUUAUUUAAUGAGGAUGAUUCUUUUGAUCUAGCCGAAGAGGAUAUUUAUACCCAGUCAACUUCAGGUUCAGAAUUUGACUGUGCCAUAGUAGAAUCUUCUUCUAAUCCUCUUGCAGUGAUAGAGGAGGAGGCUGCAGCAGCAACAGAUGAGGAACAAGAGUUAAUUCCUAUUGAUGACAUUCCUUUAAAAAAGCAGCAUAUUGACUGGGAACUUGAUGUACUUAGCAGGUGCUGCUCUGUCACAUCUGAGAGCAACUCUCUGAGUGACCAGCCACCAAAUUUCUCAGUUUCAGAUAGCAACAUGGCACUCAGACCUGGUGAUGUUAUGCAUUUGAUAGAAACCACACUUGAUGAUGAAAGUGACACUGAUGUGUUUAUAACAAGACAGCUUGGUGACACAGUCACAACAUCUAUCAUCGCAGAUGAGCUUUAUAGUUGUACAGGGGAAUCCAAGAACAGUAUUACGCCAUUGCCACCAGUAGAUGAUGGGUUCAGUGACCUUGUGUUUCUUGAGGCCUCUGAUGUUGAUGAAGAAGGUAAUGGACCAUCAGUGUUCCCUAAGAUGACCAGUCCUAAUGGUAGUAUGUUAUGUUUCCCAGAUACCAGAGAAUGUAAGUCUUGUAAAGGACGUAGCCAAUCAGACAUAUCAACCAUUGAGACUUUUGUUGAGUCAUCUAGUGGGUUCCAUAAUGUGCACAGUAGAGGAAUCUUUAAUCUUGCAGACAUGGAAGAUUUUGAAGCUUCAGCAGACAACGUUCAUGGCAGUAAAUCACACGAAUUUGAAAGUACUGAGUUCCUUGAUAAAUUUACAUGUGAUAGGAAUACUGUUUAUGUGAAAGGCAAAAUAAUUCAGUCUACUCAACUUUCAUCAUCCCCAGCCAUUUCUUCUGACCAAUUCUCAAUUGAAGAAUGUAUUUGUGACAAACUGAGUCUGUCACCUUGCCUUCCAUCUCCAAAGAACAAUACAAGAAAGAUUUCUCUGGCUCCACGACCACCAUCAGCUUCUUCCGGUGAUAGUGAAGUUCACCUGUCUGAUUGUGAUGAGAAUCAGCAGAGUAAGCAGGGACUUGGCCAUUUCAAGACAGCAAGAGCUUGUUCCUGCACUAUUUGUGCAGUCAUGGAUAUUGAUGGCCUUGAGUUAUUCAAAAAUAACUUUUCCACCCACCAACAGUUACCAGACUUUUUAGAUUGUGGUGCUUUUACUUCAUUCAUCUCCCAUGAACCACACCAUAAGCUUGACUUAGUUUUUCAUUCAAAAUCAGAUGAAAUUGUCCCUACAGAUCUUUGUAAGUCUUCACCGCGAAAUGUACAAGAUAGAUUUAUAUCGAAGCUCAGUUUUUCAGAAUUAUAUGUGGAUUCCCAGACUAAUAUUGAAGAUGAUGAGAGUACCUACAAAGGUACAGACAAGGGAGGACAAGUCACAGACGGUAUUAAAUCUGUUUUUGUUCUCCCACUUACAGAAAUGGAGGAACUUCAUGCUACAUUAUCUGUGGUACAUAAAAGUGAAAUGAAUGUAGUUAAUUUUACACCUACUUACAUAGCGAUGAAAACCACACCUUUUACAGAUUUGGUGCAACUUGGGUCAGAGGGAAGCAAUGAAGCUGUCACUCUAAGAAUUGAAAAUUCACAGUUAGGGCAGACACCUGUUUCUGGAGAUUGCACUGCUGAAGGCAAUCUUAAGGCCAGUGAAGUGGAUAUGAGAUUCAGUGAAAAAUCAUCUAAUUGGAAGAAAGAAAAUUAUGAUGUAAACUUCAAAGAAGUUACUGGUAAAAACUGUGUGGUGGUUGAACCUUCAGACAAUAUCUUGUCCAUGACUACAGAGCCCACAACAACUAAGAACUAUAAAACCAAUGUGCUGGAUAUGCAUGUGUCACAUGACAAUUUGGAAUCAGAGAGCAAUCCCAGUUUCAUCAUUCUUGAUACUGAAGGUGGAACUGUAGCCCCACCAAAAUUUGGUGCUAAUGAGUUGACUGUUACAGAUGAUUCCCAUAAACUGUUAGUGCAUAUAUCAUUGUCAGAGACACACUCUGAAUCCCAUGGGCUAUUUAGUGAUGUCCAAAGUGGAUUCUGGAAAACUGAUACUGUGGAUCAGAUAAAAGGAUCAGGUGAUGAGAUAGAGACCAUCAAAGAAACAUCUCCAGGUAUUUCUGAUACUGAAAGAAGUACUGUAGAAACUAGCAACAUAAUGAUGGUUCAGAACAAGUAUAAGCACAUUCUUCCUGUAGAAAACAGUCAAGAACCUGAGACAGAUGCAGAUGACCUGUAUUUGAAUGGUUUCUCAGGUGGUAGAGAUCAAAAAUCAACAGCAAAAUCAAGCUUUAUUUCAGUUAUAAGAGACAAUCAUUCUAUCGCAGAUGUUAAAUAUCUUGAGGUGAGUGAUACAGAGCAUUUAACUCAGCAUUCAGCAUUCAUUUUUACAAAAAAACAUGUAGACACAAACACAGAUAUCAAGGACAUGGACAUGUGUGAGGAUGAGUACCAUAAAAAAGACACGUCCAUUAUUUCUGACAUUGUCAGGCACGUGGAUUAUGACAUAGUGGCUAUGGAGGCUGAUGGACCGGUUCCAGCAGAAACUCGACAAGUGCUAUCUGCAACAUUAUUUGGUUCACCCACUAUAGGAAUGACUUCCCCAGAUAUUGAAAUGUAUAGUGGCAGUUCAACUGACACUGAAGGCAUUGUUAGAUCUGAAGAUGCUGAAGAUAUUUUUUGUGGUUCUCAUGCAGAUACUGCAACACCAGUGGAUUUGGAUUUAGGCACUGAGGACCAUCUCUUGUCAACCAUUCACAUGCAACACACUCAUAAAUUCAAUAUAGUUGCACCUGAAGAAGCUGGUCAUGUAAAAGGAGGUGGAGACAUUCAGGAAAUUGUCACCAAUGAUGAAACAUCACAACAGUACUACCCUGAAGACCAUAUUUGUGUAGUAGAUGUAGAAGACCAAGUGUGUGUAUGUGUUGCUGCUGAGGAUGUCACACAAGAUACAGUGUGCAUCUGCAUUGGGAAACAUCAUGGUGAGCUGACAAUGGAAUGGAAUGCUUCCUGUGGGUCUGCAUCAUCUCACAGUGGUAGCUGGAAUGCCACUCAGGAACAUGAAGAAUGGGCUGCAAAAUCCCAAGAAAAAGACAAGCACAUUCAUUCUACAAAAUCAGGACAAUCACCCACAGAUGUAUCAAGUGGCGACAUGGCCAGAACAUCCCCCAUCAUUGUAGGGGUAAUGGAGAAAUCUGUUCUGAAACAUGAUGUCAAGAAGGAAGGUUUGUCAAGCACAGAGGUUGAGCCUACAGUGACAACAGAAUUAGAUCAUGGACUUUACAGAGCUUCAGAUGACUUUAUAGCCGAGGAGAUGAAGUUAAUUCAAGGGGCAUUUUGCAUGAAAGCAGCCUCUGAAGAAGUGAAUACAAAAACUGAUACUGUUCCUAUUUCUGAUUUAAGAAGUAAGGAAGAAGUUGGGGAAUUGUUAUAUUUGUCAGAUCUACCAAAAGUGACACAUGAUGAGUUAAAAGACACUAAAAUAGAUUCUGAACUCAUAAAUAUAAUAAAGGAUGACCAUAAAGUAGUGGCUGACAAGGCUACAAGUGAUGCCACAUUUGGAAUAACAAGAGAUGUUCAUGAUCAGGUCAAAAAAACAGAACAUGGAAUUACGAGAAUUGAGUUUAUGGCGGAAGAUGAAACAGUAAUCUUGUCUGAAGAAAUGAAGGGCACUGUCAGCGAUGACAAACUCAGACUCACAAAAGAUGCUUAUGGUCAACCCACACAAGUAGUUCAGGAAGAUAAACAAAGGGACAUGAUUGAGAUAAGUGGCAAGUCUGCCAGCGAUUUUGAAAUUAAAGAAUCAAAAGAUGAUAUGAAUGACAUGUCUCAAGAAAUAAUAGUAGACUGGAAGUUAAAGCAGUCUAAACCAUUAAUUUCAGAUGAAAAAUCAAUGAGCGAUAUUAUAACAUUGAAAGAAUCAAAGGAUGCAGUGGCCAUUGAUAAUGUGAAGGGAAUGUCUCAAGAGGAAAUAUUAGGCACAGAGGGGAAAAUGUUUAAGUCAUUACUUUCAGGUGAAAAACUAGAAGAAGAAAUUACACAGCUUAAAAAAUCAAAGGGUACAGAAAUCGCUGAUGAUUUAAAGGAUAUUUCACAGGAGAAAUUGCUAGACAGGAAGAUUCAGGAGUCUACAUCGUUAAUUUCAGAUGAAAAAACAGACAGUAAAAUUUUAAAUGUUACAGAAUUAAAAGAUGCAGAAAUAAUUGGCAAUUUAAAAGACACAUCUCAAGGAAACUCAGGAGAUAAGGUUUGGGAGUCUAAACAAAAAAUUUCAGGUUAUAAAUUACAAGCAGAUAUUUCAAAAGAUAUAGUUAAAUUAUCUACAGAAGAGGGCAGGAAAGGUUUAGAAGAUAUUAAAGGGAAGGAAAUAAAGCCAGCAGUGACUGCUGAGCCCUCUGCCAAAGUAAGAGAGAUUCAGUCAGAUACCAAACCCAUUGUAACAACUCCAACACUGUCCCGACGAGGACUUGGGGGUUCACAGCGCUUGUCCCGGGACCAGCGCCCACCUCCACUUGAUGUCUCUAAUCUCAGGAUGAGUAGUGAAGAGGGAACAGAUGAAGACUUUGAUGCAGUAAGAUACAUAGUGACUGAGCCUGGUGAUGAGGAUGUACCAAAACAACAAUUCCAAGAAGAGAGCAUUUAUCGCAUAAACUCCUCUCCAGAUAUACUGGCAGAGCCUCCACUUAGAGAAGCUUAUGCUAGACAAAUACCAACUGUUCAAGUCACAGAGGAUAUCAGAGACACUUCGGUGUUAGAGAUUUCAGUUGAAGCAAAAGGAAAAACAUCAGACAAUGAAAUUGAGCAAGAAAUGGCUCAUGUACCACAAGUACAGUCUCAUAUCUCAGAAAAGAUUCAGACAGCAACAGUAAGUGGACAGGCUCAUACACAGCUUGUAACUAAAUCUCCUGAACCUACCAAACAAAUGCCUCAACCAUUUAUGCCAGUGGAAGAGAUCAUUGAACAGCCCCUGAUAACAUUUGACACUGUAACAGAGUUACAGAUACCCACUCUAGUGCCCAUAGAAGAAGAUGAAGAUGAAGUGCACAGACACAGGCCAAUGUUUCGCAUAGAAUCAGAUGAUUCCACAGACCAGGGACUGGAGGACAUUGAAGCACUUAUUGAAAAAGCAAAUCGUGAACUUGCAUCAGAGCUGGAAAGAGCAGGAUUGAAGAUGUCAGAUGCUGGUGAUGAAUCUUCUGAAGAAGAGGAGGCAGACCUCAGUGUACAUAUUCCAAAAUAUGAGCUUGAGGUAGUUGAAAAGGAGGUUGUUAGAGCAAAGGAACCUGAUCCUAAACAGGAAAAGAAGCUGCGUCGUGUGGAGCGGCGAUUUGAACGAAUGGCAUCAGAAACAUUGGAGAAUGAAGCUGCAGUGGAAGGCAGCAGUACACCUGAAGUUGAGCAUCGCCGUGAGGCAGAAUUUGAUCGAAUGGUAUCACAGCUUUCAACAGAAGAGGUUGCGGACUGUCAGCGAGAAUACUCGCAGCUAUGGGAUGAAGGGGGUUUGACACCAUCUGAUGACUGGGAUUCGCGUGAUCCUGACACACCAAGUGGUGAGUUGGAGGAAGACUGCACCACUGAAUCACCACCAGAGAGCACCAGACCACUAACAACAGAGUUGCCGGAUCGCUGGGAACCCAAGGCGGAGGAGCCUCUGACCUUACACCCGACUCCAAGCCCCCGCCUUACUCCAAAACCAGAAUCCCGGGAAGAUAUAACUUCUCACCCCCAUACAUCCCCGGUGAAACCAGUAACUCCUGGGAUUUCUGGUGAAGUUUCCCCUGUGUCCCACAUACCAGUUCACAGAGUCAGCAUUGGGAUAUCCCCUUCUGAAGCACUAGAGGUUUCAAAGACAGACAAAUUAAAACCAGAAGGAGGGCAGGAUAUUGAGGUAGACAUCCAGAGUUACUCAGACAGGAAGAAGUUUUGGGAGAACAUGACAACAGGUCAAGUAAAGACUACUAGUGACACAGUAAUUAAACAGCAUACUCUGAGCCAGGAGUCAGUUGCACCACCAUUGCCCAAGCCAAGGUCUUCAGGACCAAUUUCUUCACCAUUAAUAUCAGUACUUCAGGAAAGUGAUGUGAAGUCAGAAACAGAGAGUGAUACAGAUACCAUAACUUUUAGUGAUUCUACAAUUCGUGUCCAUCCUCCAUCAGCCUCAGUGAGGAAGCAGUCCAUGUUCACUGGCUCCUCAGACACUUCUAACCAUGAAGGAUCUGAAACGGAAGCCACGGACAUAGCAGUGAGCCAGAUCAGUGGUGUACCAACUACAGUUUCAUCUGCAGUUACGGUGUUCACCCAGCAGCACUCUCACACUGAAGAUGAGGAGGCGAUAGGGAGUAGUGAUUCAGAGGCAGAAUAUCUUGCCAAGUGUAUGGACAAACCUUUAGCAUAUGAGAACACAGCCUUUGUUGAAGAUGAUGGAAGUAGCAAGCCCUCAAGCCGCUCUGGGUCACUAGAUGACAGCAAGGAAAUUCCAGUAAUACCAGGGAAAAGAGCACUGUUUGAAAAGAGUUUGGAACAAACGCUGCCAUUAGCGGCAUCAAGCAAAGUUUAUGGGAGAUCAGCGUCUUUACCCACUGAUGACCUCAUUGCCUUUGAUCACAAUGGUGGUGUGCGUGCCAAGAAGCAGUAUUUUGAGGCCCAGAUUAAAAAAGAAAUGGUCGUGGAACAGCUUAUGACACAGCUUGAAGAAGAAGCUUCUCCAGAACACAAAGCAAUCUCCCAGGCUGCAGUGGAUCAAGAUAACAUAUCAGUGGAAAGUGGAAGUUACGUAGGUUCUUUGAUGGAAGAUGUGAAGUUAAAACAUAUAAGUGAUAUCAGAUCCACAAGUAUUACAGAUGCCCCAGAGAAAUAUGUUCAGAAGCCAAGUUAUGUAACUGAAGAUGAUAAAACUGAAUUAGAAGUAGAUAAAGUUUCUGGAACGAAAGCCGUAAGUGUAAAGGACAUUGCUAAAGAUUUUGAAAAGGAAUCAUUUGCUCCUUGUCAAGGAGUGGUGGUGCCAAGUACAAGCCUUCAUGAAGCUUCAGAUUACACAUUAAAGGGCGCUGCUGGAGACUUUGAGCAACAGAUAGUGAAACCAGAACUACUACGAGAUGUUAUUGAAGAGGGGAAAGCAAUGAAAGACACUGAGUCUGCUUUUGAGAGUAAGGUGCAGGCUUCGGUGCCUGAAGUUGCAGAUGGAUUGACAGGGUCAGCUACAGAAGAUGAUGCAACCAUUAUAGAGAAUGUCAUGGAAAUGAGAUAUGAUGUAAGUGACAUUGAUUUCCCCUCAGAAACCCUGGAGGAAGAGACUGCCAAUCAGCUAGCAGAUGUGAUACACUUCAAGACUGAAAAUAUUACAAAACCAUCAGAUUCACUUGAGGUACAUGUUGACAAAAGUGAAAUUGAGGAGACAGAGAAAAUGUGUGAUAUUGAGGAAGAUAUAAAAGGAGUAGACCCAAAUAGAACAGAGGGUGAAGUGAUACCGUCCAUAACUGUGACCUUGUCUGGGAAACAGAAGAGAGAUAGCUGUAGCCAAGGCGAAAGCGAAGAUACGGCUUCAGAAUCAGAUGUCACUCCUGAGGAACAUCCAUUGUACCAACCAGAAGAACAUGUUCACGAUACGGUAUGGGAGGUUCCAGUACAAGAACAACCAGAAUCCUUACUUAAAGAAACAGUGGAGGACAUACCCAUUGAGAAACAAGUAAUUGUAGAAAAAGAUGAAGACGAAGGCAGCGAGAUGUCACUGAAGAUGUCAGAGGAAGAAGCCCGAAUCAUUGCAGAACAAGUUGUGGAGAGCAUCGAGGCAGAAGUGGCUAAACGAAGUGACCUAAUCGCUGACACAGUGUCGCCACCUGUUCCGCCACCAGAAACUGCCGAAUCACAAGUAACAGAAUAUCUACGCCAACUGGCCAGCAAGGAGGAACUGGAACCUCAGGAGGUUCAACUAAUGGAGUCAGUGCUGGCUCGAAAACACCGAGAAGAGAUGAAGAAACUGUCCCGCACGGACACGGGUACAUCUAGCAUGGAGAUUACGGACGAGGACCUACGCAGCAGUGGCGUCGAAACGGACUUAUCGCCACUUGACAGUCACGUUGGACGAGUACAAGAGCGUGCAAUGUCGGACGAUACUCAACACGAUGACGUAAGUGUAAAGUUACAAGGCGAGGAAGUUGUCGAGAAAACUUUGGCUGAGGUGCGUGAGUCUUUAGAAGCAGCGCAGGAACAACUCAUUGAGCAGCAUAUGAAGAAGGAGGAAGUCGUUCAGAAGAAGGAGUCGCCCUCGGAAUUCGAAUUUAAGGUACUGACAUUUGAAAAGACGCUUGGCGAAAGUAUCAAAGAAUCUCAUUAUGAAGAGGUAAGUGCUACUGCCGAGAAUGUCGAGUCUAUGAACGAUGGGGUAACAAUCAGCCAGACCACGGAUAUUGGUAUGAAGGAGAAAGAUGAUUGGGUUACAGAAUUAAAGAAUGUCGAGAGAACAGAAAUUAGUGUCGGCAAAGAUGGCACUCAGAAAAUUACAGACACUAAACAGCAGAUACUCGAUGAACGCGACGUUAAAUGCAAGGAAUCUAGGUUCGAAGAUGCUGCAAUGAUGAGAAAGGAUGAGGGCCUGACUGGUGAACACCGUGUAUCUGCGUCAUUUUUGGAUCAAGAAGAGUUAUCUUCAUUAUGCAAGAUAACAGAAACUCAGACAGAAACAGAACAUGGAGUUCAGGCAACGAAAGUCACUGAGAACAAGGGUGUUAGUCAGGCUGUGAGUGAGGAAAAACUUGUGAUUGAGACCAAACUGGAAGAGGGUCAUGAUGGAUCAGCGUAUGAAAAAGAGGACAUUACACGAACUCAUACUGAAAGCUCGAAGUUAGAAGAGAAAGAGACGAAAAUACAGGAAGGCACAGAAGAAGAUCUGAAGACUGCAUUCAGGGGUCAGACAGAUUCUUGUUCGGUGGAAGAAAGAAAAGUGGAGAGGUUAUCAACGUCUACAGUUGUUGACAAAAAGGAACGCAGUACCGAACGCGAGACUUCUGUUUCGGAGACAUCGAAGUCAAAUCAAAAAACAGAAGAAGCAACGAAGACGGAACGAAAAGUUGAAAUUAAGAAAAUUUUCAAAAUGGAUUCUGAUGUCCUCGAAACGACUACGAUAGACCAAGUAAUGCCAACAUUGACUGAAGGCAUUGAACUAUCGCACGAGUCUAUCCGUUUGACAGAAAAGGAGAUGAUACGAACAUCAAGCGAAGAGUCACAGCGGUCUCUGUCUCAGGACGAAUCCACGAAGUCACCUGUGGACUCAUCUUCAUCUUCAGGACGUCGGGCCGAGACGGAGACUGUUCGAGUUGUUGAACGUCCAGAUGGUACUGAGGCGAUAGUAGUCGUCCUACGCCAUCCCCAACAGUCUAAGCCAGAUGCCGAAUCGUCUAGUUCUGGAGAGAGAAGUGGUAGUGCGACAUUACGCGCCGACAGACGUUCUGGUGCUGACUUCGAAGCUUGGUCAAGUUCAGGUGAAAGCCAUUACCACUCCUUUGAGCAGACCUCAGAAAGCGGACGAACUUCAAGUCGCCCUUGUUCGUCAGAUAUUGAAGCUCUGAUGGCAGGAGUUGGUACCGCUGGAUCGUCUGAAUAUGAAUCUGCCUUGACAUCUCAAGAAUUUUCAGCUCGUUCUGCAUCUCAUGAUUACCACACAGCUGUCAGCUCUUUAAGCUCUCGAGACUCAAUGAAAUCUUUGGACUCCGAAAGUUCUGGUCACCUGGCUAGUAUUGAAAUCUCAAGUGAGGCCUCAGAAACUCUAGUUCCUUCUGCGUUAGAAUUGGAAAAGGAUAUGGAAGGAGCCUCAGGAAUGUUGGUCAUGGAUGACGAAGACAUUGAACAUCGGGAAUUGGAAUCUUCUCAGCCGCUAGGUAUGGAAGCAGUUGUGGAAACCUAUGACGAAGUUCCUCAUAUAAGCGAUGGACGACAAAGCCCUUUCGAAAUAAUAAGUGAAUCAGACGUACUUGAUUACCAUAGCGAGGAUAUAGGUGGGUCGGAGGACGAAGAAGUUGAUAUUGCUGAAAGCAAAGGAACUCCUCCAACUUUGUCAACUGAUGAAUCAGGAGAAGAUGAAAGGCCACACUGCAUGAAACGAUCACAUGAGAUGAUUUUCCAGCCAGAACCGAUGCCUAUCAUAACAGAUAGUCCUUUGUCUGAAUCUGGUACUGAAGAAAAAUUUGGUUCUAGUGUAGAGGAAGGUAGCAUUCUCAGUGUGAGUCUGUCAAGUGCAUCAGAUGCCGCUGGUCUCAGGACAGUGAUAGAGCUCUCGAGGGCGGAUUCUGAACGUAUGGAUGUGUCGGUCACUUCAGAACAACUAACGGUGUCAGGUACCUCGGAACAGCUCAGUCUGGAGGAAAUAGACCAAACGACACUCACAGAAACUCAAUUUGUUGAAUCUGGAACUUGCACUUUCCCCACAUCGAGUUCAGGUCGCGACUUACACCUAUCAUCUGUUACAAUCACCACUUCAUCUGUGGAUGAGUGUGGUGUUCAAAGCGUGUGCACUCAAGUGACAUCUCAGUCUCAUACACCUGUCCAGAAAGAUGAAGACGAUGAUGGUAGUCAGGAACGAACAACGGAGAGACAUAGUGAUGACUUUCCUCAGAGUAAUGGCCCCACCCAAGUUGAUUACGUUCCAGAAUAUGAUGAUGAUUACGACGAGUCUCGGAAACGUCACUUGGGACAUCGCCGAAAGGAAAGCACUAGUAGUUUCAUACCUUCUGUGUUGCCAAUUAUGACAUCUGCUGCACCAGCACAAAUAGCUAGGCCCUUACCAGAUUUGAGUCCAUUGAAAUUUGAUAUUAUUGAAGGUGUCGAAGACAUGGCUGAAAGCGAUAAAUAUAGUGAGACAGGGACCCUCACACUGAAGGAGGUUUGCAGUGAUGAGAAGAAAGAUGUUGAUGAAGCUGAGAGACUGGAAGAAGAAUCUUAUCAGACUGAAGCAGACCAAGGAUUUCAUAGAGACCUUCGUGAGGGAAGAGUUUUACUGGAAGAUGUUGCGGGAAUUGAGGAAGAUGCUGAGGGUGAACUUGACACAAGUAGACCACAGUCACAAGUCAGCAAGUCAGAUUCUGAAGGGCAUCGUCCAGUGUCUUCAGGCUUCUCUGAUGAUCGUCCAGACUCUGAACUGGCCGAAUUGCUGAAACAGUGCUCAGAUGGAGGAAAAGAUCUCGAAGAUCCUAUUGAGAGGCCCCUUUCUCCCGAGCCAGUUGAUGAAUGUGAAAUCAAAGAUGACACACCUGAAUUUUCCUCUGAGGCUCAAGCAAGUGUAACUGAGUUGGAAAUGGAGUAUUCUGGUGCAUUUAGUCGUUCGGUAGAAUAUGCUUCUCAUGUAAGUCCGAUCCGUGAAGAGCGCAUUGGAAUGCAAUAUGAUGAAGCCUGUAGUGUGAUUGAACAACAUUCUGAUCGUGAGGAUGAUAUGGCUGAAGCGGAGGCUGCAUUUCAGAUGACUGCUCAUGUAUUCUCCGUUGUACCUCCUUCCCUUCCAGCAACAAUACCUGAGGAUCUGGCUGCAGAGAAGCAUGAGUUAGAGACCCGAGACAGGACUUUGAAGGAAAGCAGGAGACACCAGGAUAUAAUAAUGACAUCUCCAGCUUCCAUACCAGAUAUCACAGUAACCCAACAUAUGACUCCGUUAGUGGAUCGCGGGUUUCACUACCCUGAUUUUGAAUUGGAAGAUGAAUUAAUGGUAGCCAAAUCUGCCCCCCAGACACCUGCAUCUGCAUCAAGUAGAGCCUCUUCAGAGACUGAGACUGAUCAAGGUCGUGAAUAUGUUUUAGAGGACGAAGAACAUGAUGAUUAUAUUCGUGAGGAACCUGAGCUUGAACACAGUCAAGAAGAUAAACAUAUCGAGUGUCAGUCCAUGGAUGAAGUCUCAGUUACUGAAGACAAAACUGUGUAUGAAUCCGAAGUCAAGGAAGGUAUUAAAGCAGAGCCUGCUUCACCCACAUCUGAAUCUCCAGAAACUGAUUCUUUUGAAAUGUUGGAAAAACCAGAUCUGACAGAUGAGUAUGUUGUGAUUGAGGAAGUUGGAAAAGAAGCUGAAGAACAUGACACAGAGGGGAAGAGUGUCCAGAUUCAGAAGAAGUCUCAGGUUGUGAAGAAAAAGCAUGACCCGGGUGAUGAACUGAUUUCUUCACCUCCAGCACCUGCUACACGCAUGACAGAACUGAAGUAUUACCCUGAGCCUGGAGAAGACAUGGGUCCAUUUCCAUUUGAUUCAGACAGCCCUCCAAAUGCAACUGUAACCAAGAAGUCUGUUGGUGUCCGUGCUCAUGAUUUGGGCUAUGACGGAGAAGAAGGUGAAUAUGAUAAGGAUGUUGAGGCUGGAAGAAAAUGGAUUGAGAUGCAGUUUCAAGGUGACACUGCAGCAGCCACUGCUGUUGCUGGGUACGGCUAUGAAAUGGACUUUGAACGUGGUCCACUAGAAGAUAUUAAAGAAGAGGAAGUUAAUGAUUUUGACCAAAGCAGUAGUAAGGUGGGCAGCAUGGGCAGCUACAAAGGAUCAAUAGGCAGCUUUGGAAGUGUGAAGGAGUCACUCAGUAGUACUCCAGAAUAUGAUGUCCUAGCAGGACGGAAGUUUUUUACUCGUUCCGGUGAGCACGAUGAUGUAUCUAUGAGCUCACUUCAGGAAUUUGAACAGUUAGAGCAUCAGAUUGCCUUGGAGGCUUCACGUAAACGUUCGCAUGGCUCUCAGGAUUCAUUGAAUGGAAACAACAAGCGGUGUGGUCGCAGUGGUCAAGGUGAUGAUGUGUCAUUGUCAUCUCUGAAAGAGUUUGAGGGCUUAGAAACAGCCUGCAUUGAAGCUGCCAAGAUUGAAACCCGGGCUAAGGAGGAAGAAGCACUUUUGUCAGAAAUUGAAGAAGGCCAUGAGAGUCAAGUGUCUGAGUCUGAGAGCUGUGAGACCAUGUCUGUAAGUGAUGGACGAGGAGUUUUGGGAGGAGGUGGUGAAAGUGUUGAUUCUGAUGACUACGAGAAAAGAAUGUUUGAGAUUGAUGAGAUAAUCCGGCAGGCACAGUCAAAUGUUGAGCGGUUUGUUGACCCCAAAGAUGAUGUAACAGAAUCCGUUGGUCGUGGCGAUUCUUUGGAAGAAGUGGCACGUGUACCAGAGCUUGAUCUUGACCAACCAUUGUAUUUGUUUACUGGCAAAGUGACUACUGGUUGGCGUGAGGCAGGAAGUGAUGUCAUGUGUACCAGCUCUGACUCACUGGAAAUGAAGGACAAAUCAAGUGCCCUACAUGCCAGCACAGACUCACUAGACCUCAAGACAAUUGCUGAUGUGAUGACUACUAGUGCUGAUUCUGUUGAGCUUCAAAUGCAAUUGUCUGGUCGAGGUGACAUCAUGACUGAUUCUAUGGAACUACCCGGUGAUUCUGCAAUGAUGGCUACAUCGACAGAUUCCCUUGACCUUGGUGGAGGUGCUGCCGCUGGAGCAACUGUAAUGACUGACUCUAUUGAGGAAGAAGAAGAGGAAAUGUCCGUGUUGGGGCAGGCAGAAGGCCAAGGUUCGGGGUCUGGAGGACAUGAUCAGAGCAGUUCCAGUGGACGUGAAGGUGACUUUAGCUCAUCAGGAAAGGAUGACAAUAGUGCAGAACAUGGUCGUGUGCCACCACCUCGAUCAGAUAUGAUGCUUGGUAGCACAGAUUCUUUAGAACCUUCCAGUUCCACAGCAACACAUGCCACAUAUCAGUAUGAAACAGAUUCUGUUAUGUCAUCAAGCUUUACUAGUGGAGGCUCUAACACAAUGGUCUCAAGCACAGACACUUUGGACCCUACAGGAACUGGAGCUGGAGGGCUGGAUGCUAUCGAUCUUGCAGCAGCUGCACGUUCUGCAGGGGUUUGGUUUGAUGAUGUGAAUGGCAGUGGAGGAAAACCUUUUGUUACAGAAGUCAUUGAACCAUCAGAAGAGGAUGAGUUUUCUCAUACAAUACGGCGUACUGUUGAACUCCCACCAGAAAUUAGGAAAGUGUCUUUUCAUGGGCCUGAUGCAGAGAGGGCUUUAAGAGAAUAUGUAGAACGUUUUGCCCCUGGUGAUGAUGUUUCUGAAACUCAAGAAGUUGACAGUGAGGGUAAUGUUCAUAUCAAACGUGUUGUUCAGCGUCGAGUUGUGGUCCGUUCAGAAGACAUGACAGAUACAGAAUUAACAGGACCUGAACUUGAGGAAUACUUGAGACAUGUGUCCAGUGGAGAAUAUGAGCAGGCCUCAGGAGAGGAUGUCCCUGAGUCUGACUAUACACACCUCAUGACUUCCAUCACCGGUGGUGCAGAAUCAUUCACUUCUCCUCCUGAGGUGGUAACUCACCAUACCUAUGUCACACGUCACAUGAUCCACCCUACCCCUGGGGCUGUAGUUACUACCACCACCCAGCAAGGACUAACCACCACCACCACCCCCAACCUAACAGGUGAUUUGGUGCUUGGUGAUUGGGAGCAGCAUCAGUCAGUAAGCAGAGAAGAGUCAGGCAUGCAAAGAGCUACUCGUGGUGUCCAGCCACAACCACCAUGUCGCCACCCACCACUGCACGACAUUAGUAUUGACGAGGAUGACACAGAAGUGGACUUUCAUGAGCAUGACUGGCGCUUCGUCUCAGAGCCUACGCCUGAAUUACCUGCAGAAGAGGGUGAAGGGAUUGCGCCUGGAGAUGCAGCAGAGAAUGUUUUUGAGACAACUCAGACACAGACCAGAGUUGUUGAUGGCAAAACAGUGACUACAACUACAACCACUAAGACAACAAAGGAACAGGGAAGCAUGCAGGAACAUCAUGAUAAAGAUUCCUUUGAUAAGGAUGAUUUAGGAAAGCUGAAAUAAGUCAUCCCACUCUCAAGGACAUUUGAGAUGGGUUUCUACCACCAGCAUCAGCCCUUACUAGAACACUUCUCACAUUUCAAACCAAUGUAUAUAAAGUUUGACAUUGUUUAAAGUUGAGAAAAGAAAUUCCACAAACAGUACCAAGAAAUAACACUGGUCCUUGAAAUAGUACUGUCAGGAGUAGAUGCUUCAUUUUUGCUUCUAAAACUGCCAGUGGAAUAAUAGAUAUAUAGUUUGGGGAUUAGUGUUAUCCCUUCUUAUUCAGAUUUGACAUAUUAUCUUUAAUCUCCAUACAAAUAUAAUACUGCCUGGCACCCAUAUUUGGAUCAUUUUUACAUUACUUUUUUUAGUAAGUAUGUGAGUAAUUAAAUAUCAUCACUUACAAAGGAAAAUAGGGGAUAUGCCAUACCUGAGUCAGCAGACAUGUGCUCUUAGUAUUGAAUCCAGAGUUGUUCUAUUCUUAUCGAAUUACUCAUGUGAUGAGUGUAUUAUCAGAACAGAGGCUGUGUAACAUAUUUUGUUUGUCUUUUGUGUUUUUAUUAUGUUCUCUUCCUAUAUUUAUUAUAUAAUUACUUGAAAACUGUUCUUCUGUCCGAUUGGUGUGCAGAUUAAAGCAUUAAGUGAGAAAACAUACAAGUACCAUCUCUGAUUCAUAUGAACAAUUUGUGAAAAUCAUGGAGAGGUCUAGACCAGUUGCAGCUGUGAAUCUGUUGUCGCAGAGAUGCAAUUAUUUAUGAUUUAUUUUUAGACAAAUGCAUGCACAUCUUAAUAUUAAUUUUGAAUCCCUUUAAUUUUACAUCAAAUAUAUCUUAAUUUCAGUAAUAGAAAUUUAAAUGAUUGUGUAUUUAUUUUAAAACUUUGGAGGACAUAUUUAGCACGCACUUUUCUUGAAAUUUACACAUUGUGUAAACUGCAAAGCUUUAUGCAUUAAAAGGAACAUUUGUCAUUUCUAGCUUGAUGAAAUAUAAUCUGCUAGUCUCCAUGGUGAUCAUUUACUAACAGAAGUCAUGAAACGUUUUAUCACAUGGUAUUGGCAGUAAUGUUCACUUUGUUAAGGAAAUGGCCUAUUUUACGCUGGAGAAGGGAUAAUAUGAUUUUUCUAUACUGUCUUGAUAAUGUAAUAGUUCAGUAAAUGCGUCUGUUUUCCCCUCUGGGAAGUUUAUAUAUGCCCAUUGUGAUUUCUUCACUGAUACGCAGAAAUUCCUAACAUGACGUCUAUUUAUGAAAGACAUGUUGCCAAUGACAUUACAAAGAAAUUUCCCUGAUUUGUAAAUAAUCAUCCCUAGAUGUUGACAGUUACUGCGAAGAAAUUCUGAAUUUCUUCAUAUGAAAUAUCUCCAAUUUAAAACAUAAUCACAUUGACAAAUAUUGCAAUGAACACUGUGAAGAAACAUCCUUUACUUGACAUUGUAACUAUCACUCCAUAUUUAUAAUUAUUGUAAUGAUUAUCAUGAGUACAUGUUGUCUUAUAUAAAUAUACUCAUUACUCUAUAGUGAUGUUAACUGUUGUAUUAUAUCUAUUAUGUACACAAUAUUUUCACACAUAAAAUAACAUGAAGAGACUCCCCUGAUAUGAUGAAACACAUUAAUUGCUCUUACAGCAAUGUUAAGUGUGUAUACAUCCAUAUACACAAUAUUUUCACACUAAAAUAACAUGAAGUGACUUCCCUGAUAUGAUGAAAUAUACUUAAGCUACUGCACAGGAAUCAUAUACAAAUAUGAAUUCAAAUUUGAGAAGUUGUGAUGGCAGGAUCACAUCUCUCAAAUCUGAAGAGCGAUAUGUAUACCUACUUCGUACUUUAAUAGAGUUAUCUAUUAAACUACACCUGUAUUUUUAAGAAUGGUGUUCUGCCACUUGGUGGUAAUCAUGUUAUAAAUGAAUUAUAUGAGUAGCCCACCUCUAGUACCAUAAGCCUCUGGUUUAUGACAGAUUCAGGAGUGAUAAGCUCAAAUCAUAAAUUAGAGAUUGGGAUGCAAAGUUGCAUGAGUGAUUAUAAAAUUCAGGUGUGCGAUAAAAAUGCUCCUAGUCAAACACAUUAUUAUACUUGAUGAAUAGAUUUGAGGGUAAGAGUAAUAGUUACCUUCAAUAAGUCAUACUUGAAAAUUAUAGAAAAUUAAAAAAUGUACCAUAUAUUAUGUAAUGUAUAAGGUGAAUCAUGCAGAA